GAGAUGGUGAGCAGCCAGUCACUUUUGGAGAUGAUGAACAACCAGUCACUCUAGGAGAUAGUGGACAGCCAGUCGCAUUGGGAGAUGAUGAACAGCCAGUCAGUGUUGUGGGAGAUGGUGAACAGCCGGUCACUGUGGGAAAUAGUGAACCGCCAGUAGCUGUAGAUUAUGGAGAUGGUGAACAGCAAGUCACUGUUGGAGAUGGUGAACAGCAAGUCACUGUAGGAGAUGGUGAACAGCAAGUCAAUGUGCGAGAUGGUGAACAGCCACUCACUGUGGGAGAUGGUGUAGAUCCAGUCACUCUGGGAGAUGGUGAACAGCCAGUCACCUUAGGAGAAGGAGAUGGUGAGCAGCCAGUCACUUUUGGAGAAGAUGAACAACCAGUCACUCUAGGAGAUAGUGGACAGCCAGUCAGUGUUGUGGGAGAUGGUGAACAGCCGGUCACUGUGGGAAAUGGUGAACCGCCCGUAGCUGUAGAUUAUGGUGAACAGCCAGUCACU